UUUCGUAAAAGUUGCUAUAUAUUAUUAUAGCGGCAUUUAUAAAUGACACAAGGAUUAACAAAACUUAAUAAAAAACCUAUUAAAACUCGUCAUAAACCUGUUCAGUUAAAACGAGGGGCACGUAUAAUUCCUACUAAAAAAGCAUCGAUACAAAAAGCACAACACCUUCAACGGAUGUUAACAAAGUCUGUUAAUGAAAAAAAUGAAGCAAUUUUAGCACAACGUGCCGGAUUUUCAAGAAAACUUUCAUUCAUUAAAAAAACAAAGGAAAAACAUUUUAUUAAUUCAAAUAAAACAAAUAAAACAUAAAAUAUCAUUUCAAAACAAAUAUAAAAAACUCUUAUAUUCCCU